CCACCCUGGGCUUGGCGGGGUGGAGUUUUGGGAAUGCAGUCCCCCGUCCCCUCCCAAUCCCCACCCCUCCAGCUGCCAACCCAAGGUCAGCGGUUGCCUCCUGAGCAGCUGAGGCCUGACUCACCUGUUACAGUGGAGUCCCCUACACCCUACCAUCUACAGACACCAGGGUGGAUAGCGCACGAUUAGACGGUGGGGGAGUGGAAGGACAGUAGGACCGCCUCUAGCUUCCCAGUGCUCCUAGCUAGGAGAUAAGAUUUCCUUCCUUUCAGCAACUGCCUCAGGUCCCUCCCCUUAGGGAAAGCAGAAACUGAAAUGGGAAUUCUAGGGUCUCUAUGAGAUCAUAGUCUCCGAAGUGACCUCACACACGCAAGGAGGAGGAGGAGUCUCAGAUAAAGGGGUCAAGGAUAAUAGGAGGAAGAGCUCACGGAGAAAAGAGCUGGGGGAGGUGGGAGAUCUGCUUCUUUCUCACGGCCUGGCUGGGUGAAGAGAGGAGAGAGCUAGCGACCUUAGGGGGCGGGACUACAAGCAAAGGAAGCAGAAACUUGGGGUUGUCAGGGGCAAAUCCAUGAGAAGCGGGGGCCUGGGUAUCUUGGUGGAACAGGGCAAUGAGUCGGAGACGAAGUGGAGAAAGAGAAAGGAGUCAUUAGAGGGGUUCUUUGGGGCUGCUUUAUGGACCGAUCAGAACUGAGAUUGAAGAGGUCACGCAAAUGAGACAACCAGUUUAUAUCCGCAAGCUACAAACCCCCUGGAGGCUCUGGCCUGCUGAGGUGAAGCGCAGCUGCCCUUCGUGUGGCCCAGAGCCUAGGGGUGAAGAGAAGAAGGGGAGAGGAAACCCUAUUUCUGUGCAGCUGUUUCCCCCAGAGCUGGUGGAGCAUAUCAUCUCAUUCCUCCCGGUCAGAGAUGUAGUGGCUCUCGGCCAGACCUGCCACUACUUCCACAAAGUGUGCGAUGCCGAGGGCGUAUGGAGACGCAUCUGUCACCGGCUCAGUCCUCGCCUUCGAGAGCAGGGAUCUGGGGUCCGGCCCUGGAAGAGAGCUGCCAUUCUUAACUACACAAAGGGCCUGUAUUUCCAGGCAUUUGGGGGCCGCCGCCGCUGUCUCAGCAAGAGCGUAGCCCCCCUGCUAGCCCAUGGCUACCGUCGCUUCCUGCCCACCAAGGACCACGUCUUCAUUCUUGACUAUGCAGGGACCCUCUUCUUCCUCAAAAAUGCCCUGGUCUCCUCCACCCUUGGCCAGAUCCAGUGGAAGCGGGCCUGCCGCUAUGUUGUGUUGUGUCGCGGAGCCAAGGAUUUUGCCUCAGACCCAAGAUGUGACACAGUUUACCGGAAAUACCUCUAUGUGUUGGCCACUCGGGAGCAGCUGGGAGUGACGGGGACAACCGGCAGCCGGGCCUGCGACUGUGUGGAGGUCUACCUGCAGUCCAGUGGGCAGCGGGUCUUCAAGAUGACCUUCCACCACUCCAUGAACUUCAAGCAGAUUGUGCUGGUCGGUCAGGAGACCCAACGGGCUCUGCUGCUCCUCACAGAGGAAGGAAAGAUCUACUCUUUGGUAGUGAAUGAAACCCAGCUGGAUCAGCCACGCUCCUACACAGUUCAGCUGGCCCUGAGGAAGGUGUCCCGUUGCCUCCCUCACCUGCGUGUGGCCUGCAUGGCUUCCAACCAGAGCAGUACUCUCUACAUCACGGACCAGGGGGGAGUGUAUUUUGAGGUGCAUACCCCAGGGGUGUAUCGUGAUCUCUUUGGGACCCUUCAAGCCUUUGACCCCCUGGACCAGCAGAUGCCGCUUGCUCUCUCACUGCCUGCCAAGAUCCUAUUCUGUGCUCUUGGCUACAAUCACCUUGGCCUGGUGGAUGAAUUUGGCCGAAUCUUUAUGCAGGGAAAUAACAGAUAUGGGCAGCUGGGAACAGGGGACAAAAUGGACCGAGGGGAACCCACACAGGUACAUUAUCUGCAACGCCCCAUCGCCCUGUGGUGUGGCCUCAACCACUCCCUGGUGCUAAGCCAGGGCUCGGACUUCAGCAAGGAGCUGUUGGGCUGUGGCUGUGGGGCCGGAGGCCGCCUCCCUGGCUGGCCUAAGGGGAGCGCCUCCUUCGUCAAGCUCCAUGUCAAGGUCCCUCUGUGUGCCUGCUCUCUCUGCUCGACCCGAGAGUGCCUCUACAUGCUGUCCAGCCACGACAUCGAGCACCAUCCCGCCUACAGGGACCUCCCAGCCAGCAGGGUGGUGGGGACCCCCGAGCCCAGCCUGGGGGCCGGAGUGCCUGAGGACCCCGGAGGGGCAGCCCGGGCCUGUGAGGAGUACCUCAGCCAGAUCCACAGUUGCCCCACGUUGCAGGACCGCAUGGAAAAGAUGAAAGAGAUCGUAGGCUGGAUGCCCUUGAUGGCUGCGCAGAAAGAUUUCUUCUGGGAGGCCCUGGACAUGCUGCAGAGGGCUGCUGGAGGGGUUGGCCAAGGCCCCCCAACCCCUGAAAGCUGACCUCCCUCUCCUAGUCUCACCCCUGAAGGGGGAGUCCAGCCCUGGGCCAGGGGCUAAGGAGAGAUGAAGUGGUGGCAGUGAACACUGGGGUGGGGGUGGGGGACCACACGAGGGUGGGGCCUGCUAGACAUGCCAGGGUGGGCAGGGAAAUGUUUUGUAAAAUAUUUGGGGGGCUACCCAGGAGGGGCCCCUGACCUGACUAUCAUGGACAAAAGAUUUGAUGGAUAAAUACAAUAAAAGGCUGAAGCAAGGCCUGGUUUGGAACCCUGGGUCCUGGGAGGAACACAGGGCAGGAGUUGGCGGACCUGAUGCCUCGCUUGGUGGACGAGGGAGGGUAGGAGCGUGACUGGGCAGGCAGA